AUGAUUUUUACGAGAGUAUUCUUGCUUCCGGCAUUCCUGGUGUACAGCGUAUCUACUUUUGUCAAGCGCAACCUCCCCGAUAGCAACUAUGUGAGCACAGCUAAGCUUGAGAAAAAGGAGAGCAACCAAGUUGUUCCUAGGAACGACGGCCGUGAGGGCAGUGGUCAUAUAUACACGAAGACAGACCGUUUCAGGAAAAAAAGGAAAAAAAUCAACUACAGGCUGCGUAAGAGCAAAGAUGAAGAUAUCGAUAGCUGCAUUCCACACAUAUACAAGGACAUUGCGCCCUCCCUGAAGGGUCUAGCGGAUGAGGAGUACUCAUACAAACAACUGCUGCAUGCGUACUUCCCCGAAACGGUUGAAAGAGAAAUAGAAAAAAAAAAGGAAAAGGAAUUAAAACAAAAGAAUGAAGAAAGCGGGACAUCUAAGAGUAGUGUGCAGGAGAAAGACGUUAUGGAUGGUGAAAAGGACAUGGAGGAAAAACUAAUACAAAAUGACCUAACAAAUUUUGAACAUAUAAGUAAAAUAAGUGAUCACAAGAAAAAAAAUAAAAUUUUAGACAUCGCAUAUGAUAGUAUUGAAGAUUCCCUGAGAGAUACUUACGUGCGCAUGAAGGAAGGUGUGGCAGACGAGCAAGAAGACAAAAAGGAUUAUCUAGAAAUUGCAAAAAAGGAAAAGGACAUGUUGUACGAAAAACUGAUAUGUGGGUAUUCCCCCCUGAAUAAUAGCAGUACGUUCGAUUUGUUCGGCGUUUUCUACGAUAGUAAGGACUAUGCGGACGGAAAAAAACUAUUGGCAGAGAUGAACAAAAUGUUAAAUUUGGAGCCGCUUAAAAGCAACAGGGGAAACAUAUUGCAAACAGUUGACACGCUUUUAAAGAAUGACAAACUGCCACCGCACAUAAGAAAAUUUUUGGUCAAGUAUAGGCACCUUGCUCAGAAGGUUUCUGGGACACGGGAGGACAGAAGCCCUGUAGAUGUUCCUCCGGAAGGGGGAAAGGACGCACUGCGAGGUGAGAACGCCCACGAUAAGCGGAGAAAACGGGAUGAUACGCAGGGACAAGGGAGGGAAGGCAAAAAUGAGGAGCGCCUCGAAUUUGGCGAUCUGGAUAAAGAAGUCGAUGUGGGAAAGGAAAUAAAAAAAGAAGACUUCCUCAAAGAUGUUAACAAAGUUAUUAUGACCUUGCACAAUAAUUUGAACAACGAAAAAUUAAUGAGAAGGGACCAAUAUUUUGUCGACGAGUUGUACGACGCUUAUAAAAGACACGUACGGAGUAUGCACGUAAAGAGAAACAAACUGGAACCGCAAAAAAACAACUACGACUUUUUAACCUUUUUCCAUGAGCAUUAUGAAGAGUACUAUUUUUUUAAGUAUGGAAAUUUCGACUACAAUUUUGAAGAAAGCGUGCAGAAUGUUAAGAGUAAGAUGGACAGUGAAAAGGGUUUAGCUGAGGGUGAACAGGCAGCUCAGUUGAGCCAAGAUAGUGGGAAAGGACCCCCAGUGGAGAAUGAACAGAUCGGAAGAGAUAAACCAAGUGAUUUAGAUAUGUGGGUUAGAAAUGUGUCUGAAGCUACUCAGAGCAGUUAUAAUGAGGAUGAAGAAGGGACAAAGGCAGGAAAAAGGAAAAAUCCAAUCGAGCAGUGUUCCAUCCUGAAAGGCAUAAAGGAAAAUAAAAAACUGAGAAAACAUAUAAUGUUGGAUAUAAUUGCUAAUUACCAAAAAAGGAUGUACGAUAUUUAUAAACCAAAUAACGUAAUCACGAAUGCAUACGGGUUUAAUAAUUAUAUAGACAAUGAUCAAUAUGAAAAAGAAAUUAAUGCGGCCUUUAACAAGUAUAGUAUAGUAAACUACGACAGUAAGGAAGACUUGAAUAAGGUGGAGAAAUUAUAUGUAGGAAAAUUAAUAUUUGGGAAAAUAUUUAAAAUCGAAAAAACGUUUGCAUAUGUUGAUAUAAAUUACGCAUUUUACGCCGAAUUACACGAAGAUCAAAUGCCGUACAAUAUUAAGAACAUAAAAGAUGUAUUUAAAGUGAAUGACAAAUUAAUAUUUGAAAUAUAUAAAAUGUACCCAGACAAAAUUUUACUGACUCUGAAAAAUAUACAAAAGGUUAAUGACCUUAAUAAAAUUUUACAUUACAAGACGCAGGACAUACCUUUCGAUGUGAAAGUUGUGACAAUUUUAAAAAAUGGAAUAAGCGUUUCGUAUAACGAUAUUUACGCAUUUAUCCACAUUUCUGCUGUGUCCAAUAAGUACAAAAUUAAAGUGGAAGAAAAUGAAAAAAUCCAGGAAUCGUUACUUAAUCAAAGAAUUAAAGUCAUGUGUACAGAUAUUAACAAAUUAAAUUUUUCCAAUUUAAUAUAUGAACAAAAUGAGCAACUAAAAAAAUUGAAUAUUUACGAUAUUGUCCAUGUGGAAAUUAUACACAUUUCGAAAUAUGGUCUUAUGGUAAAAUGCGACGAUAUAGUUGGACUGAUACACAUUUCCGAAAUUUCCAAAAAAAAAAUUGAAGACUUGAAUGAGGUUUUCAAAAUAGGGGACCAAUUAAAAGGCAUUUUAAUAAACAUAGACUAUGACAACAAAAGAUUUUCCUUGUCUACCAAAAUUUUGGAAACGGAGGGCCGAAAUUUUAUUGACAACAGGGACCAGAUAUAUGAUAAUUUGGAAUACAUUUUGGACGACAUUAAGAAGAGGAACACCUCCUUGCGAAUUAACGAUUCCAAUAUUAAAAACCAGUUGCUUUCCCUUAUUGAUAUUUACAACACGGAGGAGGUCGACUCGAAGUCCGAUGGCCAGACUGGUACCUCCCCCGCAGCCGAUGCGGAUGCCGACCGGGAUAAAGCAGACCUGGGCGCAACUGAUCGCAGUGAUACUCCUCACAGCGAACCGAUCACGAAAGGGGAUAAUGACCCAGGACGUGAUACACAACAACACACCGCAGAAAAGGGCCACCCACACCAACCGAUCGAACCCCCUUCCACAGAUCUACACGCAGAGAGAGAUCAAGUGAAACGUGCAGAUGGGGAUAACAGAGAAACGGAAGAGGAUCACUUUAGUGACGACCCCGAUGAAGCAGAAGAGGAGAAAAAGGAACUUACCAUCGACAUAAACAACCAGUUUGUUCCCUACCUGAUGUUGAAGCAGGAUGAGAUAGCCAAGGAGGAGGAAGACGAGGAAAGUGUCUUGGGAAAACCCAGAGAGAUAAUUUGGAACAUGGAGGAUGAAGAAUUUCUGAAUUCCAACUCCCCAACGCAGAGUACCCAAUUUUUCGAAUAUCAGUGGUCCUACUUAAAGGAUAAGAAAUGGGUGAACUUUUCCUAUUACGUGAACAGAAUUAUGAAUUACUAUUUUAACAUUAACGAUGAUUUCUUUACGUACAAGGAGAAGAACGUGGUGUACGAGAUCGAUUUUGUGAAAAGUGUAAGAAUCGAUUUGGCCACAGGUCUUCAGAACAGGAUUAGAAAAAUCGCCAAGUAG